GACCUUAAAGGCUUCGAUCCAGGAGAGAAGUACUUUUAUAACACAUCAUGGGGAGAUGUUUCUCUUUGGGAAUCUUCUGGAAAGAAAGUGAGAUAUCGAACAAAGCCAUACUGUUGUAGCCUCUGUAAAUACUCCACAAAGGUUCUUACUUCAUUCAAAAGUCAUUUACAUCGUUACCAUGAAGAUGAAAUUGACCAAGAGCUGGUGAUCCCUUGCCCAAACUGUGUGUUUGCAUCUCAACCCAAAGUUGUGGGAAAGCACUUUAGAAUGUUCCAUGCACCUGUUCGGAAAGUCCAGAACUACACAGUGAAUAUUUUAGGUGAAACUAAGUCAUCUAGGAGUGAUGUGAUAAGUUUUACAUGUUUAAAAUGUAACUUUUCGAACACUUUAUACUACAGCAUGAAGAAGCACGUGCUGGUAGCCCAUUUUCACUACUUAAUUAACUCCUACUUUGGCCUGCGAACUGAGGAAGUGGGUGAGCAAGCAAAAACUAAUGAUAUUCUUUCUAUGGAGAAAAUCCCAUCAUCUGACAAAUAUUAUUGUAAAAAGUGCAACGCCAAUGCUAGCAGCCAGGAUGCUUUAAUGUAUCACAUUUUGACAUCGGACAUUCACAGGGAUUUGGAGAAUAAGCUUAGAUCUGUGAUUUCAGAACAUAUUAAGAGGAGUGGAUUUUUGAAGCAAAUGCAUAUUGCUCCAAAACCAGCGGCACGUUUGGCCAUUCCAACCAACAACAGUGCUCCAGGCAACCCAGCCCCGCCCUCAUGCUUUCAUCUCUCCUUGCCGCAGAGCACUUCAAGCCCAGCCAUGGUGCCACCUGUGACUGUGGCCCCGGGCACUGCGGGGAGCCUCACCCACUCUCCACCUGCUGUUGCCCAGUCCCACGUGACUCUUGUCCCUAGUGCUCUGCCAGUGGGCCAGAGCAACCUCCCUGUGCAGUCCUCAGCUCCGCAGCCUGUCUUUCUUUCUCAUGGGGUCUCACUUAAUCAGUCGGGGAAUCCUCCCGUGCUCCCCUUGAAUCAGCCAGUUGGGCCUGUAAAUAAGUCUGUUGGGACUGGCGUCCUCCCCAUAAACCAGACUGUCCGCCCUGGGGUUUUACCCCUCACACAGCCUGUUGGGCCCAUAAACAGACCCGUUGGGCCCGGUGUUCUUCCUGUCAGUCCCUCUGUCACCACUGGGGUUCUGCAGGCCGUCUCACCAGGGGUGAUUUCUGUGAGUCGGGCAGUCCCGUCAGGGGUCCUUCCUGCAGGCCAGAUGACCCCUGCUGGGGUUAUCCCUGGACAGACUGCAACUUCUGGGGUUCUUCCUUCUGGCCAGAUGGUCCAGUCAGGGGUUCUCUCUGUUGGCCAGACAGCCCCAUCACGGGUUCUGCCCCCUGGCCAGACGGUCCCGUUGAGGGUUCUUCCUGCUGGCCAGAUGGUCCCAUCUGGGCUUCUUUCUCCCAACCAGACAGUCUCCUCAAGUGUUGUCCCUGUGAACCAGGGUGUGAAUUCUGGCAUUCUUCAGCUUGGUCAGCCCAUCGUGUCAGGGGUUCUUCCUGUGGGCCAGCCAGUGAGGCCUGGGGUCCUGCAGCUCAACCAGCCUGUUGGCACCAGCAUUCUGCCUAUGAAUCAGCCAGUCAGACCUGGAGCCUCGCAGAACACCACUUUCUUAACAUCAGGCUCUAUUCUCAGGCAGCUCAUCCCUACAGGGAAGCAAGUGAAUGGGAUUCCAACCUACACUCUGGCCCCAGUGUCUGUCACAUUGCCUGUGCCAGCCGGAGGCGUUGCGACUGUUGCUCCCCCACAGGUGCCCGUCCAGCUCCUGCCAUCGGGUGCAGCUGCACAGAUGGCCAGCUCAGUGGCUGGCAUGCCCGUGCCUCCAGUGCUGGUGAACGCUGCUCAGAGCGUGUUUGUUCAGGCCUCUUGCCCGGCAGCAGAUGCAAAUCAGGUGCUCAAACAGGCCAAGCAGUGGAAAACCUGCCCAGUUUGCAACGAGCUCUUCCCUUCCAACGUCUACCAGGUUCAUAUGGAAGUGGCUCAUAAGCACAGUGAGUCCAAGUCCAGAGAAAAACUUGAGCCUGAAAAACUAGCAGCAUGUGCACCAUUUUUAAAGUGGAUGAGAGAGAAGACAGUUCGGUGUCUUUCUUGCAAGUGCUUGGUCUCAGAGGAGGAGCUUAUCCAACACUUGCUGAUGCAUGGCUUGGGGUGCCUGUUCUGUCCAUGUACUUUCCAUAAUAUCAAAGGUCUUUCCGAGCACAGUAGGACUGUGCACCGAGGGAAGAAGAGGUUGCCUGUGGAUUAUAGCAACAAAGGCUUUCAAUUAGAUAUUGAUGCUAAUGGCAAUCUGCUAUUUCCCCAUCUUGAUUUCAUUACCAUAUUGCCAAAGGAAGAGCUUGGGGAGCGGGAAGUCUACUUGGCGAUACUUGCUGGGAUACACUCCAAGUCACUCGUGCCAGUGUACGUCAAGGUGAGGCCUCAGACCGAGGGCACACCUGGAAGCACCAGCAGACAGGUGCUGACCUGCCCCUUUUGCUUUGGCACCUUUGUGACAACUGCAGCGUAUGAACUUCAUUUGAAGGAGAGGCACCACAUCAUGCCGACAGUCCAUACAAUUCUGAAGUCACCUGCUUUCAAGUGCAUCCACUGCUGUGGGGUUUACACUGGAAACAUGACCCUGGCUGCCAUCGCUGUCCACUUGCUGCGUUGCAGAAGUGCCCCUAAGGACAGCAGCUCAGACCUGCAAAUCCAGCCUGAUUUCAUUGACAACAGUGAACUGCUUUUAGUCAAUGGUGAAGUGAUACAUGAUUCCAAUUUUUCUGUAAAGAGAAAGCUGCCUGAUGGCCACUUUGGGGCAGAAGACCAGAGGGAUGGGGAGGAACAGCCUCUCAUCCUAAGUGCUGAUGCAGCCCCAGGUCCAGAAAAAGUAACCAACGUCAUGCCUUUUAAAAGACAGAGGAAUGAAAGCAGGACAGAGGGACCAGUGGCCAGUGAUGAUGCUCUUCACAUUUUAGCAUUAGAUCCUAAGAAAUAUGAAGACCGUUCUUAUGAAGAAAAAAAGCAGUUUCUUAGAGAUUAUUUCCAUAAGAGACCAUAUCCUAGUAAAAAGGAAAUAGAACUGUUAUCUUCACUCUUAUGGGUUUGGAAAAUUGAUGUGGCUUCAUUUUUUGGAAAAAGAAGAUAUAUUUGCAUGAAAGCAAUAAAAAAUCAGAAGCCUUCUGUACUUUUAGGCUUUGAUAUGUCUGAACUUAAGAAUGUUAAACACAGAUUGAACUUUGAAUAUGAAUCACAAAACUUGUAAAAAAAAAAAAUGAGCAAGUGUAAAGUACUAGGUGAUAGUGUUUUCAAUUGAGACUUAGAAAAUGUCAUUUUCUUCACUGUGUUGAAAUAAUCAAUUUCAGUGGUCUUUAUGCUGCUCUUAGAUUUAUUUCAGGUGCUCAGAAAGACUCCUGUGUAAGGAAGUGAACAGUUCUUUCAGAUAUUGUUUCUUGCAGUUUGAUUUGUAACUAUUAUUUUCAUUUUUUUCUGUCAUGUAAAUUAAAUCUUUUAAUAUUUCAUGCAUGCCUUUUCUCAGUAGUGUCAGUAUCGUAUGAUAAAAACCUGAAAUCUAUAUCUGUUUUUUCAUUUAAGGAAAUUUCAGCAUGUUUCAGAAUACUUGAUUAACUGCAAGUUAAGGCAUCCUUCUCCCUUAUCUUUUCAGGUGGCAGCAAAUGAUACGGUAAUUGUUUGGAGAUGUGGGCACAGAUCCCAGUGGUGGAUGUGGUUCCCUAAGGAUGCACUGCAUUAAUUUAUGCUGAUUUCUUCUUUGUAAGCUAUUUGCUUAUUAGAUUGUAAUUUUGAUUUACAUUUUUUCAGGUUUGUCCUAACAGCUGUUUUAUUGUUUUGUUUUGUCAUAACUCAAUAGAAAACCAAAUGCUUUCAUUUGUUAAAAAUAUACCGAGUCUGAAGUCUGGUAUGUAGCUCAUAAAUUAAGAGUUCUUUUUCAAAUGAAGUAAUUCUGUAGGUGCAGAAAUACUUUUCAGUUUAAACUUUUCCCCUCUUUUGAUAUUGUGAUGUCAUUUCUCCACUCAAAGGUAAGACAAUAAAUCUUUAGUGCCUUUAGAAUAAACAUGGGAAAGACACACACAAAAUCUCUUCUCCUGACUGCUCAUAAACUAGUUGGAAGGGAAGGACCGUGAUAUUCAGGAAUGAAAUUUUUGCCCCUGAGUCUGGAUACUAACUGAAACUUAAACACAUGUGUUCAGCAGAGAAGGUGAAACGAGUAGACUAAGAUCUAGUCUCUGUGGUUGGUGUAGUGAGUCUCCAACAGUGUACUAGAGGUGAGCAUAUUAGUAUUGGGAAUGGACUUUCCAUAUCCCAUUUGUCCGAUGAAUGGGACAGUGUAAUGCUAGAGAAUCUCUAUUGUAUCACCGUCCUUUGGGUGAUAAAACCUCAUGUUUUUUUUUUUCAUGGAAUAUAGAAUAUCUUAAAGCACCAGAACCAGUAAUGGGGACCAGCCAGCUUAGACUGUAAGUACUGUUGCUGGUGAUGCACAGCAGAGGAGCCUGUCUAACAUAUCUUUAGGUAGAAGUAUUUGGAGGAUGUGACAGCCUCUGGGAAAUAUAAUAUUGUUACAUGGAUUUUUUAAAAAUGUAAUACUUGCAUGUAAGUGCUAUAAUGUGUGUUUUUGAGGCAGUUGUGAAGCUGGUCUGUGAUUGUCAGUAUACUCUUGUAAAUUCAAAGAGAGAGCUUGUUGAACUUUAUUAUUAUUUUUUUUUUACCUAUUGUUUUCAGAGUGUCUAUUUUGAAUUAAAAUUUGUUACACUAC